CAUUUGCAUAAUUAUUGUUAUGGGAUUUGGUGGUAUUAACCAUAGGUAUUAACUAAAAGUUAAUAUUAGAGGAAUUCUCCAGAUCGGAUAUUCUUGUAGUUCACUGUUCUGGGGUUUAUGUUAUGAAUGGAUUUAAUGUCUUUAAGCGCGAAAGCGAUCCGCUUUACUUCUUCCGUAGCGUUGAAAGUGUGGAAGGGUUUUGCGACAAUGGCAACAGACAGUAAAACCCCAAAAUUAAUGAAAAAAAUCGGAACACACAGCGGCGUGUUUCACUGUGAUGAAGCUCUUGCUUGUUACAUGCUAAAACAGCUUCCGGAUUAUCGUGAGGCCGAGAUUAUAAGAACUAGAGACAUGUCUAUUUUAGACACGUGCGAUGUUGUUGUGGAUGUUGGUGCAGUCUACAAUCCAAAAAUCAAUCGGUAUGACCAUCACCAGAGAGGUUUUGAAGAGACCUUAGCAAGUGUAAGACCAGAUCUUGCCAAGAAAAGCACAAUCAAGUUAAGUUCAGCAGGUUUGAUCUAUGCACAUUUUGGGUUGGAUGUUAUCAAGGAGAUAAUACAGCAGCAAGGAUAUCCAAUUCCAGCAAACUGUCUUCGGAAUGUGUUCUUACAUGUUUAUGAAGGUUUUGUUGAGGAACUAGAUGCUAUUGAUAAUGGGGUUCCAAUGUAUGCAGAAGGCAAGCCAAGGUAUCGCAUAAAUACGAAUUUAAGUGCUAGAAUACAUAGGCUGAAUCCAGAGUGGAAUUCACCAGAGCCCGAAUCCACAGAUGAGCUGUUUAUGAAGGCUGUGGAAAUGGUGGGAGCUGAAUUCAAGGAACGCGUAAUUGAGGCUGUUAUCGUGUGGUGGCCGGCGCGGCAAAUAGUGCGAAACGCGAUCGAGUAUAGAAAGAAAAUCCACGAGUCAGGAGAGAUCAUCGUCCUGGAAGAACGAUGUCCUUGGAAAGAUCACCUUUUGGCUUUAGAAGAUGAAAUGGGAAUUCAAGAUCAGUUAAAAUUUGUCAUUUUCAACGACAAAAGUAGCUCGUGGAGAGUUCAGGGAAUUCCUAUCCAGCCUGAUAGUUUCGUAUGCAGGGUGUUUUUGCAUAAGGACUGGAGAGGAGUGCGCGAUGAGCAGCUUAGUGACAUUGCGGGUAUCGACGGAUGUGUUUUUUGUCAUGCCACUGGUUUCAUUGGCGGAAAUAAAACAAAAGAAGGUGCUUUGCAGAUGGCAAUAAAGAGCUUAAAAGCGGCACCUGCCGAUAGAGAAUAGAUCUGCCGUGUAUUUUAUGCUGGUGAGUGUGUUAUAUUUUUUAAAAUAAAUAUGAAACAGACAA